GAGUAUGAUUGGGAACACGACCCAGUGAACCCCAGGAAUUGGUCUUGGGGAAAAAUGGAUAGCGGUUACACUCAGGUCUCGCUUUUCACUUUCGUCACGCCGUUAGCCAGCUCUAUCAUGGCACCUGGUUUGCCCUACGUGGCUAUAAAAUAUGGCAUUACCGACCCAAUAGUCUUAGCAUUGACUCUGAGUAUCUUCCUUCUGUCGUUUGCUAUUGGUCCUCUAUUUGCGGGACCCUUGUCGGAAGUGUAUGGUCGUUUAUGGGUGCUCCACCUAGGGAACCUAUUCUUCCUCGCAUUUAAUCUUGGCUGCGCUUUGUCACCCAACAUUGUAUCUCUCAUCGUGUUCCGAUUUCUAGGUACUCCACCCAUAGCAUGCGGUCCAAGUGUUGUUAGCGACCUCUCCGCGGAACGCGAGCGUGCCUUGGCUCUGGCACUAUUCAGUGUUGGACCCUUGAUAGGUCCCGCUGUCGGGCCCGCCAUAGGAGGUUUCAUCGCAGAGUUAGUCGGCGUGGAGUAUGUUUUCUAUGUCAUCGUUGCGAUCUCUGGUGUUGCCGAAAUGCUUGGAAUCCCUCUCUUGAGAGAAUCCUACGCACCAGUUAUCAGGCUUCGUCGUGAUACAAUGACGUUGGAUCCCGAAAAGUUAGCUACAGGACAUCCUGCCCUGCCAUACCAGAUCGGCAAAUGUACCUACUUGUGGCUCAACCUCAAGCAACCUGUCAUACUUUUCACUCGGAGUCUCAUAUGCUUCAUCCUGAGCUUGUACAUGGCUUUGAUGUACGGUAUCUAUUACUUGAUUUUUGCUACUUUUCCCGAUCUCUUUUCGAACGUGUACCACUUCGACAUCGGAAUCGGAGGUCUGACGUACAUUGGAAUUGGCCUUGGAUUCCUAAUCGUCGCACAUUUCAGAAAGUUAAUCUAA